GAAGCACAGAGCUAGUGUCUGAUAACAAUUUGUUGAAAACAGUGCAUUUUAACAAUUAAAAAAUUAUACUAGCAUCAUAGCAACAAAAAGUGGCGAAAUUAUAAUAAAGCAAUCAAGUAAAUUACCAUUAAUACAGUAAAUUGAAAAAAGAAAUAAAACUACUCAAUGAAAUAUCUUUCCUCAAAACUAGUAAUAUUUGUAUAAAUACGAUUUAUUUCCCCAAUGAUAGUAACUCUUACUCCUAGGCUAGGCCUUUGUAUGGUGGAAUUUUUGCUCAGUGAUGGGUCGUUAAGAUACAAUCUACAAAUUAGAACCACAGAUGGAUAGUACCUCGGGUAAAGAAGGAGAAAACCUUGUUCCUUCAGGCAGUGCUGAUAUUCCACAAAAUUUGCAGGAUAUUGAAGUACUGGACAGCUCUAGCAACCUCUUUAUUACAAAGGCUUUAUCAGUACUAGCCACAGCUCAUUUUAAUCUCCCAACAAACGUUUCUCUAAAAGAUCUGCAUAGCGUGGCCAAACAAAAUCUAAUUACUUCAACCCAGGAAAGUAUUGCUAGAGAACUGUCCAACUGUCCUGAAUCCAAGUCUUUGCCAGAAGUAGAAGUACAGAUAGAUAAUGCAGGUAAAGUUAAUAACCUUUUGACUCAGAUAAAAUCAAUAGAGAAAGAAAAGCAUUCAGCUGCAAGUGAUACAACCAACAAAUUACUUCAACAAACUGGUGAACAGAAAUCAUUAACAUGCACACGUGAAGGAUGUGGCAGAAAGUUUAGGUGGCCCACCCAUUUCAAGUACCAUCAGCUGACUCACUGUGGGAGUAGACAAUAUAAAUGUACAGUAGAGGGAUGUGAUAUGAGUUUCUACACCUGUCAGAGGCUAGCAGUGCACAUGAGAACUCAUACAGGUGAACGACCUUUUGUAUGCUCUCAACAAGGAUGUGGAAAAAGCUUCACAACUGCAGGGAACUUACAGAACCAUUACCGAAUUCACACAGGAGAGAAGCCUUUUGCUUGUUCCCAUGAGGGCUGCUUAAAGACAUUUGUUGAAUACUCAAGCUUGAAGAAGCAUAUGCUGGUUCACUCAGGAAAGAAGCCUUUUUCAUGUGAUACCUGUGGUAAAACUUUCUCUCAGAGUGGUAGUCGAAAUGUCCACAGAAAGCGUCAUCAUGUUGAUGAAGAAAAUUCCUCUCCAAAUAGCAAUGAAGAGAAGAAUGGUACUGAUGAUCACACAGAAAAUGUUUUCUUGGAAGACUCAGGAAAUGAAACCUUUACAUUUCAUGAUCUUACCCACGUGGGAGUAGCCCUAACCCAAGAUGGAGAAAUAGGUCAGAUAGUGACAAUUACAACUCUUCCUGGUACAGAAGUUUUAACAAGAGAACCUCUGCUGACUGCAGCUGCUAAGAAGUGUAUAGUGUAUUCAAGAUUUAUAUAACAAAUUCCUCAGGUGUUUCUUGACUUGUUUUCAAAUUAUUCUUUUUUUCAGUAUGAUUUUUCUGUAUGCUAAUUUGUAUGAUACAGAUACACAUACUUGUACUAGUAAUGUCUGUGUAUGAAAAUAUAUGAUCUUUAUGAUGUUUUUGUUGUUAACAUUUUCAUUUGUAAUUUUAAUGUUAAAUCAUAUUUAUAGUAAUACUAUUCUCCAGCAGUGAUGAAUAAAUUAGUGAUUAUAUGUCCCUCUCUUUGCUUGGUAGUUACAAUAAUAUAUGAGCCUAAAUAAACUAUCUUAUUUACAAAA